UAUAUAAUUUUACUUUUCGUAGACCCUGAAUGAUUUUCUUAAUAGAAAGAACGUGCAAUUCAUAUCAAUCUGCGAUUGUGUGGAAUGAUAAUUGUAAUGCAUUUAAAUUCAUCGAAAUGUAUUAUGUACGUAUUUACGUGUUUCGUAAUAUCGCGAAACCUGAAAUAAAUAACCACUGCUGCUUACAUUAGUCGCACGAAUCCGCUCGGCACCCAAGGGGGUAGGGAAUGUAACACCUGCGUGUUUACCCGCUGAAACAGCCUCGACCUACCGCGGUAGAACCGAUGUCGACCAUGACAGUUGCUCGCUGCGUCGGCAUGACGAAGGAACGUUCCCUAGCUCCCCGAGGACACGAAUAUCGGAAUUGAUCUCCGAAUCCUUCGCGUUAUAACACCGCGAGUGUUCGUUACAUCGUCAUAUGCCGCUAUUAAUUCAAGGCGAUUCAAGCAUCUCUGUGACACUUAAAAUACGUGGUUAAAAAAAACUAUGGAAAGUGGAGAAAAACGUUUGUUUCAAAUAUAGAUUGCAAUAUUUGGAUUCAUUAAUUUUCUUAAUAGAUGCUCGCUAAAUUAUGAAUACAUAAAACAUAUCUUGUAGAUAUCUUGUGUUUGGAAUCAUGUUACUUUCGACUUGACCUAUGCGCAACUUGAACUUGUAUUAUUGAAUCGAUCGAGAUCACUUCUCGAUGCGCUCAAUCGACUUUAGACUUUUUGACUUUUGAAUGCCCUGUAGCAUGGCACCGCUUUAUGAUGGUCACGAUCAUUACAAGAGGAUGUUUGAACUUCAGGAGAAACUGCGAAAGAGUGAGGAGCAAAGGAUACGAUUAGAGGAGCAAUUCAACGUGCUUAUGCGAGAAUCUUAUAACAGACACGAUGCUUGUAUAAAUCGGUUGCGCAUGAGAUACAUACAGUAUUUAGAGGAACAACGUUCGAGAGAUGAGAGGAAUCAUAAGCUUCUCGCAGCAUUAGACAAGGUCACGAAUAAACUUGCAUUGAUAAGCGCGAAAAAAGACAGACUCAAUGUUCUCAGGAAACAAUAUGAAGCUUAUCUACUUCGCGUCUAUGCCAAUCGUCGACAACCUGGUAGCAUCACCGGGGACAGUGGUAUCGCCAGUCAGAAUGAAGAUAAAUAUACGAGAAAAGUAAUAGUGAUGGCGCAGCCUGAUAUAGCAUCCGCGGAAACGAGAAGCGUUUCGUCACCGCGAGUGCAUCCAUCUGCUCAAUUGAAUCAACCAAGGUCUACCUCCACAUCCAAAUUGCAUGAUCCAACUGCUGUAAAUGGUACUUUAUUAAAUAAUCCUCCGAUUUCGCCAACUACGCCACAAGGUGCACCCUUCGGCGCCGAUUAUCAUCAAACGCGCGUUCUACCUGAACCGCACAUUUAUGUCUCACCAGUCGGUCAAGCGAGCAAGCAGUUCACUCAAGUGUCAAUUUCUUCGCCAAAUACCCGUCAGUAUCCACGAACGAUUUCCGAUUACGAUGCAAGCGCAUCUCGUAAUCUUGAAGAUGUCGCCAACCUUCGCGCUUCGUUUACGAAAGCACCGGUUUUGCCGAUGACAUCCUUGGAUCAGAUUCAACCCGAUACUAUUCCCGUUAAUCGAUUCUUCAGAGAGCAUGUGGAAUCAGUGCAAGCCGCGACUUCUGGUCUCUCGAUGCAAUUUCCCGCUGGAAAUACAGCGCGAUAUGAAGAGACGUCGCAAAACGAAGCUGUUCCACGACAAUUCGACCCUGAUAUAAUGUCACCUAGUCCGCGGAUAAGAAAAUACGAUCCGUCAAAUAUUUCAAGACCUACUUUAAUGACCGCGAAGUCGAGUACGUAUCGAAUAGAUCCCAAUACAAGUGUCGUGGAUGAAGUCGGUCCGUUGCCGGGAUAUAUGGACUAUAUCGUGGCGAGUCCGCAGAAGUCCGAGGACGAAGAAUCCAUUCAUUCUCUUACCAGCGAUGAUGUGGAUGAUCUGAUAAAGUACAACGAGCAUCUAUUGCGGAGGAGCACGGAUGGUACUAAGACUCCUCGAUCGCCGAUUGAUGUUUUGGGAUUGCAUAAUGCUAAUCUGGACGAGAAUGGCAGGACAGCGAUACUGGAGAAUGAACUGGACCGAUACAUUGGCAAAAUCCGGAAACUUCAUCGAGAACACGGUGUGCCAAGUCUAGAGGAGCUAGAUCACGAACAGAACACUAGCGGUGAUCUGCUGAAUGUCAGUCUGUCGGAGGACGCAGCGGAGCUUCCGACCGAAGAUCGGACGAGGAAGGAACGAGUGUCCGAGGAGAUGGACAGGAUUUUGGCGUUGGCAAACGAUCUUGCGUCUAAAAGAACUGGGCCGAAGGAAGUUGCGCCAAAUACAGCUGAGCAAAAUGGCAAUGACAACUUAUCUGCGGAAGUUAUCGGGGACGAAAUUAGACACCGUGAAGUGACACCGAACGAUACGCUACAAUUCAAAAGAAAACGCGAGGCUGAAGGACGCGGGAUUUCGGUAGAGAACGAAAUUAGAGAAGAUAUUGCGACACAUUCAACGGAAUUAGAGCAAACGCAUUUAAAUACGGAGAUUGCGAAAGAGGACUGGAAUAAUGCGGGCGAUUUAGCCGAGUCGCGAGAACGCGAUCAGGAAAUAGCUACUACGAAAAAAGAUGACAUGUACGAAAAGACAGCCGUAUCCUUGAAUAACGAAUUAAAGAUUGACGAUCGGAAUAACACAUCGGAAAAAGAACAGUUUGAUCUUGUUACCGGCAAAGAAUCGAAUAUCGAAGAUCUGUUCAAUGUCGCCGAAGAAUUGGCGCCGUGGAAUCUUGCGAGCGUGCAAAAGGAAGUUCGAGAAUUACAUUUGGACGAUUCUGACGAAGUGAAAAAGGAUGCUGAAGAGACGGAGAACAGAAUUGUCGAUGAAAUUGCGAGCGAAUCGCAUGUUUCGUCAUCGUCCAUCGAGCAAAGCGGCACGGAUGAUGAAGUGAAGAACGCGCAUCUCCAACAAAAUACACUUCCUCAGGUAGCGGAGGUGGAGUCGAAAAAGUUGGACGCGAGCGAAAAACGUUUCUCUAUCAAAGAUGCUGAAGAUGCGACCUUUCAAAUUUCGAAUCAACAUAAGGCCGACGAAUCCGAGAUCGCAUCUCAGAUAAAUGAGAAACUUGGCGAAUCAAAGGAAAAUAACGACAACAAGCAGGAUGAUGAGAAAACGACAAAACCUCGAAUCGAUGAUCCAUCCGAAAAGAUAAGAGAUAAUAAUGUCGAGCAGGAAUAUAUCGAGGAGUCGAGUCAGGAGCAACAAUACGAACAAAAUUCAAAUGAGCAAUAUCAUUAUGAUCAAGGUAUGCCAUACGAGGGAGUUAAUAACGAGGAGUAUGAGAGAUACGUCGCGCAAGGAUACGCUCAAGAGGGACAGGAAUAUGUCGAGUACGUGGAUGGUCAAUACGAGCAAUAUCCUGAAGAUCCCAAUAAUCCACAAUAUCAACACGAUCCUAACGCUCAAUAUGAGCAGGACCCGAAUCAAGCAUACGAUUAUAAUUAUGAUCCCAAUCAGGGAUACGGGAAUGAUCCUAACCAGCAGUACGAUCCCAAUCAAGGAUACGGGGAUGAUCCUAAUCAGCAGUAUGACCCCGAUCAAAGAUACGGGGACAGUUCUGGUAAUCAGGCAUACGAUUACACCGAACAAGUUGCUUACGAUCCGAAUCAGGCGUACGAUAAUACAUAUGAACAGGAGUAUAAGGAAGACCAGCAUAAUCCUGAUAAUGUCGUCGUCGAAAAUCGCGAGGGGGUACCGGAAACGAAAGAAAUCUCUCGAGGACAGGCAGAUCCGGAAUCGGAACACAAAUCGAGCAAAGCUGAAGAUGAGUCGCAGCAAGACGCUGUUAAUGGAACGAAGAAGAAGAAGGAUGUGAUCAAAUCCUUACUGGAUUCUGACACAGAUACAACAAUCGAGAGAAACAUCUCUAACACGGAGAGUGAUUUUGAUUUUAAUUAAGAUGUGUUAGUACGCAACGGAAAUACAUUAAAUUUGUAUAAAGAGAUGAAGGUAAAUAAUAAGAGAUAAAGGUGAUAACAAGAUUCUCUUAAUAAACUUAAAUAUGCAUUAAACAAGAACGUGACUGAAUCUCCGAGUUUCAACAUCGAUUUCACGAAAAGUGCCUCAAGUAUAAACAGCAAUUUAAUUGAAAUGUGCAAUGUCGACGAGAACGAGUUAAGUUAAGUAUAAAUGAAGAAAAGUACAGCAAUCUUGUUCAUGAGAAAGUUUAAUUUAGAAGGACAUGCUUUUGAAUCUGUGCUAAGAACUUCAAUAUGAAUUUUAUAUUUAUUUCGUGAGAAAUGCAAGGAAUGUGAAUUUAAUUUUAAUUAGAGCUUUAAUUAAAUUCCACAAAUUGUAGCAAAAAUAAUUAAUUUUGUUUCGUGAAGUUUUGCUUGAAAUCUAAAUAUCAUAUUUACAUAUGUAGGAGCAGAAUAAAAUGAUAAAAUC